CUUGUUGUUGGAACUGGAAGAAAGCAUCUUACAAAACAGGAGGGUUUGCAUUGCAUGCAAGAUCUGAGCGCCACAAGGAAGCCAUGGUUGCAUGGAGGGACUAUCAGAGAGCUGUAGCAGCUGAUGCAACACUAGUCGUUGCCUUAAAUAAGGAGCACAACAGACACAUCAAAGAAAAUUGAGAAUACAUAAAAACAAUAGGGGAAGUUCUAUUACUGACUGCCACUCAAAACGUAGCUCAAAGAGGUCAUGAUGAGUCUGCAGACUCGGAUAACAAAGGGAAUUUUAAAGCAAUUCUUGACACAAUUGCAAACCAUGACAAAGCUGUUAAGAAAAGGUUGACAUCCAUUCAUAAUGCAAAAUACACAAGCAAAAUUAUUCAGAAUGAGGUUCUGGGUUGUUUAGGAGACAUGGUUCGAACUGAAAUUGCAGAAGAAGUGAAAAACAGUGAAGUUUUCAGCAUCAUAGCAGACGAAACAAAAGAUGUAAAGAAAAAAGAACAGAUCUCAAUUGUACUAAGGUACUACUACAAUGGAGCUAUCCAGGAAAGUUUCCUCCAUUUUGAAUCCACAGAGAAGCUCGAUGCAGCAGGGCUUAGUGAGAAAAUAAUCCACAUAUUGGAAAGUUUUGGUCUAGAGCAGGGAGUACAAAAAGAACCUUGUAGGCCAAGCUUAUGACGGGGCUUCUGUCAUGAGUGGGAAGCAUUCCGGGGUACAGGCGAGAAUCAGAGAGAGAGCAAAAUAUGCCUUCUCCAUUCAUUGCACCACCCACUGUCUAAAUUUGGUUCUUGUAGAUACAGUCAAAGCUAUCCCAGAGGUAGAACAGUUCUUCUAUUUACUAGAAAAACUGUAUGUGUUCACAUCUGGAUCAGCUGUCCAUCCUAAAUGGCUUGCCAUACAAAGAGAUAUGUUUGAAGGUGCACCAAGAGAGCUCCAGCGUUUAAGUGACACUCGUUGGGCAUGUCGAUUUAUAGCUCUACGUAACAUCAUGGAUCGACUGCCUGCCCUGAAGCGAGUCCUGCAAGAGAUUGCCGAAGAACAUGGUGAAAGAUCUGUUGAGGCUCGAGGUCUGCUAGCACAGAUAAAUUUUGAAUUCACAGUGCAUCUUGUUGUGCUUCGUAAAGUGUUUGGAGAAACAAAGCUUCUCUCUGAUAUCCUGCAGUCUUUAACACUUGACAUUUCAAAAGCUGUAGAUUUAGUUGAAGCAUUAGUUAAGACACUGAGUGAUUUCAGGCAAGAGUCGUUUUUUGAUGACGUGUGGGAUGAAGUGUUGAAUGUUUUUGGGCAGUGUGAUCCAACACCACCAGCUGAAAAACGACCAAAAACACUCAGCUCAAAACUCAGCCAGCACUGUGUACUUACCACUCUUGGGCAGAGAGAGCCAGAAAGAGAUAAGGACUGGUUUCGUACAAACUUUUUCUACCCGGUCAUUGAUCUUAUGCUCAGUGAGCUUGAAAGACGAUUUUCAAGUAAAAACUGUGAAAUCAUGAAUAGCAUUCCAGCUCUAAAUCCCCAAAAAGAUACAUUCCUCAAAGAGAAGGAUCUGUUUUCAUUUGCAGAACUGUAUGAUUCAAAUAUUGAUGACCUGGGGCAUGAACUACAUCAGUUCAAAAGAAUCUUGGAAAGAAAAAUCCAGGCUGGGAUGCAGAGACCCUCGAGUACAGUGCAGCUCGUACAGUUCAUUGAACCAAACAAAGAUGUUUUUUUUGAGCUCUACAGACUCUGUAAAAUCGCUGUUGCAAUCCCAGUGAGCACUGCUGCUUGCGAACGGAGUUUUUCAACAUUAAAGCUGGUGAAAGCAUACCUCGGGUCCACCAUGAAUGAGGAUAGACUAAGUAAUCUUGGGGUACUGAGCAUUGAGUCUAGGAGGGCAAAAGCACUAAAUCUUGACUCAUUUGUUGAUCGUUUUGCCAAAAAUCAUAAAAAUCGCAGAAUACGGUUACUGUAAGGGUAGGGCAGCUUAAGAAUGUGAUUAUUAUACAGUUUUUCCCUUCUCAUCACUGUAAUAUUAUGACUGCAAUGUUUUCAAAGUUUGAUUGAAUAAAAAGUCAAAUAAG